AUGAGUGUGGGUAAGCUCGCCACUGCUUUAACCGUCGUCUUCAUCGUCUCCCUACUCAUUCUCGUCGCCGAACUCCUCUACGUCCUCUGCCGCCGUCGUCAAUCCACCCACAAUGUGUUUCUCUACUCCUUCUGCUUGAAAUCCAAGACACGUGUCGAGCCAGCCGGAGCUCCGCCACAAAACCCAGGUGGAUCCUCGCCGGAAGAUGCCGUGAUCGACGUUUUUAAGCUGUUGGAAGCAAACGGACGGUCGAGGGUUCUUUGUACGAUCAAAGAAGACGACCGAGAAGACGUGGAGUCUAUCGAGAUAGCGGUUACCGAGAGAAUGUCUUUGCAAGAGUGUCUUGAGUCUGAAGCGGCGGCGGCGGAGGAGGAGAGAGCCGUGACGGUUCAUGCGGAGGUUGUGGAUACAAAGACGGUGUUCUCAUCGCCGUAUGAUUCGCCGAUGUUUUAUACUCCGGUGGGAUCUCCGUCACGAGAGGGGAUGUGUUCGGAGUUAGUUUCUCCGGUGACCGGAAAGAAUGGGCGGUGA